AUGAGCAGCGAUGACGCCGAUCGAACCCAGAGACGGAGAAAGACUUCUGUUUCCUCGCUGAUCAAAAGACGAGGAAAAGGCUAUACUGCGAAAUCUGGGGACUCAGACACAUCUAUGAGUCCUCAUGUUAAAGCUGGAGGAUGUAUUGUCAAGAAACAAGAAGUAGGAGAGAUUUUCAUAUUAAUUAAAACAAGUUCUAGGCCUACAAAGAAGCUCAACAAUCAAUGGAGAAAUCAAUGAAGAAAAGUCGACGUCGUCGCAUUUCUGGCCCCACGCUUGAUCCCAAAGCUAAAACAGCACCUAAUCCGGAAAAGUCCGUCGGCAUUGAUACGCCUAAAACUGCCGCAGAUAAACCCAUUGAUGCCGAUAAAACCACCAGAUCUAGAGUAAGUCCCUUCUUACCCUAGUCGAGAGUUGUCCAACAAAUUAAGAGCCACGACUUUCAUCCUCCUACCAAAAAUUUUAUUAUUCUAGAGAAGAAAAAGCAGUGAUGACGAAACUGCAUUCGACAUGAUGGCUCAAAGUAAGUCCUCAAAUUGAGGCUAGAGGUGUUCUUUCUUCCAGGUAUGAACAGGACAUGGAAGAAAGUUCGUACAAAGAGUAAAGAGAAAUUCAGACUUGUCAAGACCUUUGUUAGCGCGCCGUUGAAGGAAAAAGGAAUGCAAAAAAUGCUAGAUAGGAUUACCCGACGGCAACAGGCAGCUCGGGUAAGCAUACAUUAAAUUAUAAUUACGCUAAAGGAUCCAAACAAAGUCCUAAAACAAGGCGAUGAAUGUUUCCCACAACGUCGACCAACAUCCGGAGAAAUUGCGAUCGAGAUGCACAAGACACCAGAGAAGAGCAAGGGGGCGUCUCCCAAAUCCAAAUCUCUUCAUACUGCCGUCAUUGAGUCCAGUAUAUUCCUACCAGAUGGGCGACCUUUCUGGCAACAAAAGAAUAAGGGGGAUCAACAACGGGAGAUGACCGAGGAGGACCUGACAGAUGACGAACUACCCAUGAAUGCCGAGGUUAUCGUUCAAGUGCAUGAGGGAAAAGUGAAAUUGGAUAAUAUGCCUUCUGUAAAGUGAGUACCUGCUAAUUGGGAAAUUGGGUAUGGGAGUGGGCCGCAUUGCGCAAUCGGAAAUACGAAGGCGUCUAUAUUAAAUUUCUAUCAUUUAAAAACAUGUCUAAUUUAUGCAUACAAUAUUUUUAGACUGGUCCUAAAGCCUUACGGUGAUUUGGAGGAAAUGAAGAAACGGGAUGCAAUUUUUUUCAACAAGCAGCUAGUAUUCAGUAACACCGUUAGAUCUAUGGUCAAUUUCGUCGAUGACACCGAUUCAAGAAGCAGUUCCAAAAGUUCCUCCGACAAGUCCAGGGAGCAGAAACCAGAGAAAUCAGCCCCCUCCAAGCUGAAGAUAACCAUUCCGGACACAAUAUACGUAUAUGAUUACACCAGACCUGAGAUUGGUGGAUGGCCAUUCCCAUUUACUCCUACUGAGAAAGGAAAGGAUAAGGAGAAGUAG